CCGCAUUCUUAUCCUGCUCCCAUUGUUUUAUGACGUUCUGAUUUUCUAGGUUGUAAAGUUAUUCGUUACUUUUACUGUUUAACACAUAUAAGGUAUUUGUAUAAGAGAAUGUAUGACGAAGAAGGAGAAGAUGAACCUAAAAGUUCUUUUCCUACUUACGUAGCGGAAGGAGACAAACUUUAUAACGCGGGAGAAUUUCAGAAAGCAUUGGAGAGUUAUACAACGGCCCUGAGUAUUCAGCCGACAGACAAGAAUUGUCUUGUUGCAAGAUCAAAGUGUUAUCUCCAGAUUGGUAAUGCACAAGAAGCAUUGAAAGAUGCUGAAGCUUCACUUUCAGAAGAGAAAGAAUUUCAUAAAGGCUUAUAUCAGAAAGCUGAAGCUCUAUACCAAAUGGGAGAUUUCGAAUACGCUCUUGUAUUUUACCAUAGAGGACAUAAAUUACGUCCAGAACUUCAAGAAUUCAGACUCGGAAUUCAAAAAGCGCAGGAAGCAAUUGAUAAUUGUGUAGGAAGUCCAUCCUCUGUUAAACUUGAAAACAAAGGUGAUUUAUCAUUUUUCAAUAAGAUGGAUGAAGGAAAGGGAAAAGCGAAACCCAGGGGAGCUUACAGACAACCCAACAAAGCAGCUCAAAAAACAACACGGGUUCAUAAAACCAAAAGUGGUACAAGCGAUAAAACAGCCAAAGCCUUACUCGGAGAAUUAUAUGCUGACAAAGAAUAUCUUGAAAAAUUAUUGAAAGAUGAAGAUUUGGUAAAAGGCAGUUCAGGUGGUAUGAGCAUAUAUGACUUAGUGUCAUCUGGAAUUAAUUAUCUCGAUACAAGAACUGAAUUUUGGAGACAACAGAAACCAAUGUAUGCAAGAAAGCGAGAUAAAGCUCUGAUGCAACAAAAAUGGUCAAACAGGAAAGCAACAGAUGCAACUUAUGAUGAUCCGACUAAAUUUAUAUUGAAAAAUCUAGAAGAGAUUGAUCAAGCAUUAGCUGAUGGGCGAGCAUCAGACAGUCUUACUCUUGCAGACAAGACUCUUCGAACUGUUUUAAAAAUGAAUGAAUCAGAUAUUCCAAACAAACCCGAUGUUGUUGCAAAUUUACAUAGUUGUGUUGGGAAUGCACAUCUUGAACUUGGACAAACCGACAAAGCACUUGAACACCAUCAAAGAGAUUUGGCAAUCGCGCAUGAACACAAAUUGUCAGAUGCAGAGUCUAGAGCGCUUGAUAAUCUUGGAAGAGUUUAUGCCAGAGUUGGAAAAUUCCAAAAGGCAAUAGAAUGCUGGACACAAAAGAUCCCACUUAGUAAAUCAGCGCUCGAGAGUACUUGGCUUUUCCAUGAAAUUGGGAGAUGUCAUCUUGAGCUUGAUGAGUGUGAGAAAGCACGAGAAUUUGGCAAAAACUCACUACUUGAAGCAAAAAAAGCAGAAGAUGACGUCUGGCAACUGAAUGCAAGUGUAUUGAUAGCACAAGCCGAAGUUAAACUUGAACAAUAUGAAGCUGCUGUCGAAUCAUUUGAACAGUCAUUAGAAAUGGCGAAGCUUCAAGGAGAUGACGCAGCAGAGCAAGCUAUUAUGAAGGCAUUAACUGAUGUUAGAGAAAGGAUUACCAAAAAGAAAGAGGAGAGUGGAGUUGAAGAGAAAUCAGAUUUUAUCAGCGGAGGGCAGCCAAGAGCAGGAAACUGUUAGAGAUGGACAAUCAGAAGAAGAAAUAAAAGAAGAAACUGAAUAAUUAUAUGUGAAAUUGAUUUUUAUCAAUUUUAUUUUGUUGGAUAUUGUUUGAUUAGUAUUCAUGAACAUGUAAACAUUAUAUUUUUUCAUAUUCUGUAGAUAUAUCACUGUUCAUUUUGCUGUUGUUGACGAUAUUUUUGUGAAGAGUCUUCUUUAAUUUGGUACCAAUGCCAAACUUUAAAAAUUUUGGUUGGACAUGAACCAAUGAUAAAUUGAUAUCUCAAUUUAUCUUUGGCCCUUGGUCGACAAGCACCACCGCUGUUUAAAGUAUUAUUUGCUUUCAUAAAUGUGCCUUUUAUUACAAAGAUAUAUAGUAACCACAAAAUUGACCAACUAUAUGAAAUUAGCGCAUUGACGCUAGCCAUCACAACAUCAAACAUAUGAGGAACCAUACGGUUUAAAUUCAUGGAUACAG